CGAAAAGCUGACACCUGCCAAAAUCGAGCUUGUCCAACAGUUUGGGACGCAGAUAAUCCUCCGCAUCCUCGGCGAUCAUUUUGGGGAUCUGUUAUUCCAGACAUGGACAGAUCUGCAGCGACCUGUGAACGACCGCAUAUCACAGUGGCCACGUCGAAUAGCUAUGCGAAAGCGGUACGUAUCUUCAACAUGGGUCAGGGCUGGCUUCAGGCACAGAAGCCACACUGAACGGAAACGCAUGCUCGCUUCCAAAGUAAAAGUUGCAGGCCGCCUGACGGAAGAUAUCUACGAGUCAGACACGCAACCUCGUUGUCCACUUGUCAAGCAUGGUGCAUGUAUGUACCACGGGACAGCCCGGCUUUGUCAUUCAUCCUGCAUGCAUGCCCAUGUAACAAGCUCUGGAUCAAGAACGAGAUCAAGCAUUUGUUUAUCCGCCCUGCUGGAUCGGACAGUCACUCUUGGGAACUCAACUGAGUGUACAGACACAGCAAAUCCGGUCUUUUGCUCAUCGCUCAAUUCCAAUGAUAUUCGAGAAUUUCAAGACAUGUUCGACCUGGUUCCCAGUUUCAUCAUCGUUGCGCUCCCGAGAUCUACAGUAAACGCUUUCCCCGGCCGCCGUUAUACAAUGGAGUCUGCACUUGCCGACGUUCGAGGUGAGCUGAGAAGCGGCAUCAAUCGAGUGGGGGCAAACGCACAAAGCUUGACCUGCUCGAAGAUCAUCUUGGGGCGGCCUAUUUCGGUCUGCAGCAGGCGGCACCAUGCUUCUGCCACUCGACACAGAUGGACACGGCAAGACUGAACGUCGAAGAAAUCGAUUGAAAUCGAUAAGGACAUAGCAUUAAAGUUUGACAGCUAAUGUAGGUACUUGUACAUAUCAUGUACUCUUCAAGCGUAUGGGUUCUGUGAGCUCUUGUUGGUGGAGAACUAUUAUUCCGUCGAGCUGAAGGAGGCUGCGUAUUAUUAAAUCCGGAAGGUUCCUGCUAGCACGCAAACAGUAGCAGCUGCUGAUAUAUCGGCCUAUGGUUAGAAGCCUCUUCAGUCACCAUGUUC